CUCCGUGGUGUGUCGCCGCGCGCAUCCUAAAUCAGCCGCCGUCCAGCGGUCCUGCUUCGGGUCGUGGCAAAUCUCUUUCCGUGUGGGGGAGCCGGUGGUGGCAGCUGAGUGGGAGCCAGCCGUGCGGGCCCAGCAUGGAGGACUACGCGGUCCUGAGAGUGAUCGGCGAGGGCUCAUUCGGAAGAGCUCUUUUGGUUCGGCAGGAAAGCAGCAACCGCGUGUUUGCCAUGAAAGAAAUAAGACUUCCCAAGUCUUUCUCUGAUACACAGAAUUCUAGGAAAGAGGCUGUUCUGCUAGCCAAAAUGAAGCACCCCAAUAUUGUUGCCUUUAAAGAAUCAUUUGAAGCUGAAGGACAUCUGUACAUUGUAAUGGAGUACUGUGAUGGAGGGGAUCUGAUGCAGAAGAUUAAACAACAAAAGGGAAAGCUGUUUCCCGAAGACAUGAUCCUUAAUUGGUUUACACAAAUGUGCCUUGGAGUAAACCAUAUUCACAAGAAACGUGUGCUCCACAGAGAUAUCAAGUCAAAAAAUGUCUUCCUUACCUCAAGUGGAACAUUGAAGUUGGGCGAUUUUGGUUCUGCUCGUCUGCUCUCCAAUCCCAUGGCCUUUGCUUGUACAUAUGUGGGAACACCUUACUAUGUGCCUCCAGAAAUUUGGGAAAACCUGCCUUAUAACAAUAAAAGUGACAUCUGGUCCUUGGGGUGCAUUCUGUAUGAACUUUGUACUCUCAAGCAUCCAUUUCAGGCAAAUAGUUGGAAAAAUCUUAUUCUCAAAAUAUGUCAAGGGACUGUCCGCCCAUUGCCAUCUCAUUACUCCUACGAGCUUCACUUCCUGGUCAAGCAGAUGUUUAAAAGGAGCCCUUCCCAGCGACCCUCGGCCACCACGCUGCUCUCCAGAGGUGCAUUGUCCAGACUUGUCCACAAGUGCUUACCCCUGGAGACUAUCACAGAAUAUGGACAACAAAUAUUAGAUGAAACCAAAGUACGUGAACAUAAUAAACCAAGAAAAAAGGAAUCAGGCAAUCAGUCAGCAUGUCCGAGGAAAGCUGGUUCGUCAAGUCCUCACCGGCAGCAGUGGGCAAAGCCUGAGCCCUGUGCAGCUCUUGGCGCUUUGGAAAAUGCACCCAUACUCACCUCCAGCUUCACAGCAGAAGACGACAGAGGUGGUUCUGUAGUGAAAUACAGUGACAGCCAUACCCGUAAGCAGUGGCUCAGGGAGCCCCCGGACACCUUGUUGAUGAUGCUUAAGAAUGCUGACCUCAGCCUGGCAUUUCAAACAUACACAAUAUAUAGACCAGGUACAGGAGGGUUCUUGAAAGGCCCCCUUUCUGAAGAAGAAGUGUCAGACGAUGUUGACGGAGAUCAUGAUUCUGUCACUUUGGAUCUCGAGAGACUUGAACCUCGGCUGGAUGAGGAGGACACGGACUUUGAGGAUGGUGAUGAAAACUCUGACUGGGUAUCAGAACUGAAGAAGUGGACCAGAUGGCAGGACCCAUGUGAUGGUUAAUGCCCUGGGGAAUGUGCCUGCGUCACAUGGGAGAGCUGCUGCAUGUGGAAUUGUUGAUUGGCAACACAAUGAAGUAGGGGAACUGUUAAUAUUGAAAUUGCUCCUGACUAGUAUCAUAAGUUUAAAAUAAAAUCUCAAAACUCCUGAAAACACAAGGGAGAAGGUGUAGCAGGUAGGAUGAGCUUUGCACUCUGAUAGAACAGAGAUUGGACACCAGCUCGCUACCACUAAACUACAUGUGCCAUUAUAGGAAAUUACUUAACUUCCUGGGCUCUAGUUUUACCCACUGCAUAAUAAUAAUACUGCCUACCUCAUCGGGAUACUGACCACAGACAGUUACAGCAGCCUGGACAUUGCCAUCCAUGCUGCUAUGAUUUGUGCUAAUUACUGUGAUUCUUUUUAUAUUUUCUAAAGAUUUGAGGACAUAAAUAUAUUCAUUUUAUGACACAA